AUGACUGGAAGUGAAAUCGAGAAAUCAGGGUUAUUAAAUAUUUUACAAGAAAGAUCAGAUAAAUGUCGCCAGGAUAGACUAGCGUUUCAGAAACGAUCAAAUGCCUUAGAUCAUGCAAAUUACCAUCUUAUGGGAGUUCUCUUAGUAAGGCUGGAAGAUGUGGCUCUUAGCAAGCCCACUGCCAACACGUGGUGCCUGUAUCUUAGAGACUACCGAGGAAAUAAUGCAGAUGGAUCACUAUGGCGUGUGAUAUCAAAAGACAAAGAAGAACAGGCAACUAUCUCUUCAGACCAAGCUUUGGCGGAUAUUACAGGACAGAUUUAUGGUUACUGUAAUCCUACAGUCUUCUCGCGCGAUUACAGACCCGCUUAUUUAUUCUAUGGAAAUAUUGACAUGCUAGAUCAGUCGUCUUAUAGUCCUGUUGCUCAAGUUGACUCAAUUAAACAGCAACAAGCUGAAGAACAUUGUAACAAUCAGGAUACGCGUAAUAACGGUGGCACAAUCACGUUUGCAGAUUAUACCUUCGAUGAUGACGGGUAUGACCCAAAUGACUUUGGUGUGGACUAUGCAUAUUCAGCCACGGAAGCACCCAUAGAGGACGAUACAGCAUGUUAUCAUUGUGGGAAAAAAGAUGAAUUUCCGAAUAACGAUAUUUUUCUUUGUGACCUUUGUAACCAAGGCUUUCAUCAGCUGUGCGAAGAUCCACCCAUAGACAAUUCCGAAAUACAAUUGGAUCCUUGGUACUGUAGAACAUGUAGUAAAGCACAAAAUAUACCCUUACCAAACCUCCCAAGCUCAUCUACAAGAUCGCCUUGUUAUGAGACGACAACAACGUCUACAAAUAUUACAGAACAAAAAGCAAGUAUACCCUCAAUAGAACAUACCAACACUACUGCUGCUGCUCAUAACACAGCGAUUUCUUAUACAUCACCGUUACCAUCAAAUAAUAUGAGUGAAACUACUUCGAAAUACUUUUCAGUGGAAAACACAGAAGCAAGUAAAGCAGAAGUAGAUGAUAAUGGCGAUGAUAGCCUUUACAACAACCUUACAAAGCGUAAGCGAAAUGAUGAAGCUAUAGUGAAUAACCAUCCAAAUAAUAAUAGCCGUGGUAGAAAUAACACAGCACGCCGAUCGAGGCCAUUUCAAAGAAAAUUGGAUCACUUUUAA